AUGAAAGAGGGUCGUCGAGGAAGGCCUGGUGUUAAAGGAGACCUCUGGCCACAGAAGAACCAGAAGGAGCCAGCUGUGCCCAAACCCGGAGACAGCUCCAAGCCCCGGACACAGCAAGCGCAAAGAGGGGGUUCCUGCCACAUCCACACCGGCAAGAAGCAGUUGCAGCCCAGCUUCCCGCAUCUGAGCCCGGGCUCCUGCCAGGCGCCUGCCCACACGCUCCCUGGGCCCGUCCCAAAGGGCAGGCAUUCCCCCGCUUUCCCGAGAGGAGCACCGAGCCAGUGCCUCCGCCAACGUCGCGGGGACCAGGUCCCGGCCCCUGAGCAUCCCAGCGCGGGUGCAGCUGCGGGCCCCCAGCAGCCCACGCAGGUCCCCGGGCCAGGCCGGGCCAGGCGGGCCGACAGCCGCGGGCGGGGCGACUGCGGCAGCCGGAGCCUGGGGCGUCGGCCGCACCGCAGAGCCGGGUCCCGCGCCCGCCCCCACAGAGGACCCGACCGGCGGACCCGGGCCGCGAGGCCUCCCGGCGCCCUCCCUGGCGGGCGGGGCAAGGCCCACGCAGCCCCCACGGGCCUAGACGGCCGCCGGGCUCACCUCGCCUCCCGCCGCAGCGCCGGGGACAGGGAGGGCGGGCGACUGGCGGCGCUGGCGGCUCCUGCCCAGGCUCGGCCAGCCGCCCCGCCGCUCAGCCCCGCCGCCGCCGCCGCCGCAGCCGCCGCCGUGGGUGUGAGGGGCGCGGGGGCGCUUCGACCCUUCCGGUCCGGCUCCCUUCGCCGCCGCCGCGGCGCCCGGCCUGAGCGACCCUCACGCCAACCAAUCAGCGCGCAGGGACCCGGGCUGGCGCGGCCAAUAGCGCCGGGGGGCGGGCCGCUGGGGGCGGGGGCGGAGCACCGGCUGGGGCGCUGGGGGUCCGCGGCCUCAGGUGCGGGGCGGGGCCCGCGGUCCCGGUGGUCCGGCGCGCGGCCGGGCGCGGAGCCGGCGGGGCCGCACCGCGGGGCGGAGAGCGGGCCUCGAGGCUGCAGUGAACAGAACUGAGGAAACGGGCCAGGCACUGGUCCAUGCUUGGAAGAGUGUACAGAAUUUUGUGAGAGGCCAAGACCUGAGGGGAUCCUGCCGCAAGUGCGAUGAGAAUUUGGGGAGGACACAUGAGCCAGGCUGACAGCUGACAUAGCCUGCCAGGUGGGGAGGAGCAGGUGAGGAAGGCCUCGGUCAGGAGGAAGCCCAGAUGGAGCUGGGCCAGUAGUUUAGGUGGAAAAAGCACUCAGCACCAAAGGUUCAGAAGUGAGGAC